AUGCUACAUGAUUCAUGUGGCAUUAAUAAUCACAAUCGCACCAAUGCAGGGGUGUCAAGCCCCGCCGAUAGUGCCGGCAUGGAGCAGUGGAUGCUGAAACAGUCUAUCAAUCUGCCGGCUAGGCCGGCUCGGCUGGCCUAUGACAAGGUUCCAAGAUUAUCAUGGUUAAAUAAUCAGGACCACUCCUGUUAA